AUGGCUUGUCGUCCCAUUUGGCUACGCAACUCACCAGCACUGUUCCAAUCAACCAUGAAUCGCGUUCUCAAUGACUAUCUUGACGACUUCGUCAUGGUAUAUCUCGAUGACAUCCUGAUCUAUGGCAAGUCAAAAGAAGAACACGAAGUACAUGUUCGCAAGGUCCUUCAACGCUUACGUGAUGAACAAUUGAUCGCCAACCUCAAGAAAUGCGAUUUCUACAAGACCGAAUCCUGGCUUUACCAGGUAUCUGCUGGCGGAUACAAACCGUCACGAACGAAAGUCAAGCAUCCAAGAUUGGCCAACACCAACCAAUGCACGCAGAGGAGUGUCAAAAGGCGUUUGAUGAGACUGUCACGCAUUAUGCAAGCUCCUAUUUUGGCAUCACCCGAUCCACUCAAGCCUUUCAUCAUCGAAACUGAUGCAUCAGAUUAUGGCGUUGGUGCUGUACUCCUCCAAAAAGCGGAUGAUGGCACUACUCAUCCUAUCGCAUUCGAAUCCAAGAAAUUAUCCAAAGAAGAACGUGGUUAUCCGGCACAAGAGCCGGAGGGAUCUGUGGUAAGAUACGUUCUCACCUAG